GCUUUGGGGAUGAAGAUCAGCGCCGCGGUUGUCAGUAUCGUUCCGGCCGUUAUCGCUCCGACGUUCACGUUGACGAGCGGUUUGUCGUCGUCAUCUUUGACCCCUCUGAUUGGAAUUGUGAUAAAUGGCGAUGGGUACUGCCGUCAUCCUCAGUGUAACCUUACUUCUAGUAGCAACUGAUCUUUGCCUGUCUGCUCCAAAGAAAUAUGAAGCUACAGAGGGGUUUCUGCCCAGUCCCAGCAGCUACUUCCUCCAGUCGGGUGAUCAGAUCGCAAUGGAGUCCACUCCAGACAACCGCACAGCGAUACAGGAAAGAAGUCACGUGACGGCAGAGUCAAGCAACGCCAUAGACGAGAGGCAGCAGGAACCCAGGUUUGGGUUCCUGACCUAUGGGGCCACAGCAGUCCAGCAGAAUCCAGGUACGACAGGUCUGAGCAGUUUGAACGGCCAACUCAAGCUGGAUCUUGGCGGAGUCGUGCUUGGCGCCAUAAUUGGCUUUGGAGCUAUCUUUAUCCUCCCCAAGAUCCUUCACGUGUUUAAUACCGGGCAUGACGGUACCACAGGUUUUGGCAGUGGCGGCGGCGGCGUCGGCGGCGGCUUUGGAUACCGAAGUGAAGACGAGAAAAAUACGGGAAUCAUGGACGUUCUGUCUCGAAUAGACGAGACGCUUGCCCAUUAUAAUAUUGACUCGUCAUUGUGUAUGCAGAGAGCAGUUUGUACUUACGUGAAAUUGGCUUCAGAGAAGGUGACUGACGGAUCAGGAAACAAUUUGGAUGCGCUUGUAGAUUCUGUAGCAGGGUGAGUAACU